AUGAUCCAGCUGGGACCUCGUGCUAACCCCGCAGGUGCAGUAACCGCCAAGAAGGACGACGCGAACGACGGCGACGACGAGUCGGUCGUUUCGACCGAACCGGAGGGCGGUGACACUGGGGAAGAGACGUCGACGCGUGCGACCCUGGGCUCAACAAAGGAGACGCAGACGACGACGGCGGCGCCCGUUUCGACCCUGACCUCUCCUUCGCCUUUGUCCGGUGGCACGUCGGGAUCAUCGGCAACCUCGACAACCUCGAUAGCCUCGACGAGUCCUCGACGCCUUCGUUCGAGCUCGGCACCCGGCAACCGACGUGUCACCCGGGCGGGAUCCGCCAUGAUCCUCGGUGCAUCAGGGGGUGAUGGCUCAGGGGGUCACAGGUCCGAGGUGACCGAAUUCGAGGGGGGCGGCGCUGAACUGAUUUAAUCAUGAUUGAGUCACUCACCGUGUUGACGUUCAACGUCCGAUCGAUGAAGAACGCAGUCAACCAAGUCAAAAUCAUCCAUUAUCUCAAAACCCUUCGGCCAUCCUCCUGCAAGAGCACCACCUCAGCUUCAACGCGUCGCGCGAAGGCUUCGAGAGUGCUUGGCCGGGGGCUUGUAUUCGUUUCACUCCUCAUGUCCUUGUUAUAUCGUGUGUCUCGAGAGGGGACUGGAUCGGCAACCAGUGA